AUGGCGCAAACGAAGGCGAUCGCGAAAUUCUGGAUCACAACACGUGAUCAAAUUGAAAGCGUUUUGAUCCACGAGAAGCACAUGCAAGCAACCGAAGCUACGAAGGAUGUUCAGAUAGUGCAUGGAUUAAUUUCCGAUCUCUAUUGUCGGUACGUGCAUUUGUGUCGAAGCCUAGGUCGCUGCUUUGACCAAACCCUGCAAGUACAGAAGCGAGAAGUGAUUGAACACCUACUGCAAGCGGCCAGUACACGUAUGCUGGAACUUGGCGCGAAAAUGCAGGACAUAGAACUGAGCGAAUUUGUGUACGUGGAUGGAGCAUUGCAGGAGCAACAUCUGAUUCCUGACGAUGUGCAGGCGGUGAGACCAUGCUUCUUCCCGGCCAAACGUCCAGCGGAGCUGCAGGCGUUAGUUGAUUCUUAUACGUUGAUGAAUUUCACAAAUGCUGACAGCGAUGAUGAAGAUGAUUGCACGGACGAAAGCGAAUCCGAUGAGGAACCGACAGCACCAUCCGAUGGAGUAAAGCGUCCCGUAGUGAUACGAGAUAAGCGUAAAGAACGGCUCCAAGCUGCACUAGCAGUGAUCACAGCACACGAAAAAGCACGCCAAGCGCGGGUACGCAAAACGAACUUUCGUCUACAUCCUGAUCGGUUCUAUCCCAAACCGAUCGAUGAAGAUAUUGAGGACGUGCGGUAUGAAUUUUCUUACCGCCCAGGACAAUUCAUGCUCUAUCCCGUCAAGCGCACCGUCUAUAACUGGGAUUUUCGCAUGAAGCAGAAAAAUUUGGGCAAUUUUGCGUAUUACUCUCCACCAGGCUGGCAAGAGCCCGAGAUAGUAGCUGAAUCUGCAACAAAAUUAAAAAUAUUAAAAGAAAGAACAGCCAUACAAAGCGAAAGCCGAAGGAGUGCUGAAUUGGUUGAAGCGGCCAGACAGCGGGAGGAGGCAAUAGAAAGGUUUAAACUUAAUCGGGCCGCGGUAAAAAUCCAACGUUAUUGGCACAGGUAUUGCUCGAUGAACGCACAGAAGCGUCUUCGAUACGAAAGAUCUAAAUUUCUUGGUCUGUUUAACGAUUAUGAAGCGAAUUUGCAAGACGAUCUUGUUGUAGAGGAUGCACGUGCCGCUCGACGAGAGAGAAAGUUAGAAUUCGAUCAGAAGUUUCUCGAAGCGAUUGCGGAUGAAAAGGCCAGAAUAUUGCGCACACGUGGUCCGGCACUCCUCGAGGACAUAACGGAUUUCGUGAGGGCUUGGUUUCGACAGUGGCACGACGAGGCGCUCGCUUUCGAUCUCAUACCAGAAACCUUCGAGGGUGGUACGGUUCUGAUAGUACGUGGAGAAACCUUAACCCCAAUGGAAUAUCUAGAGCAAGAGCGACUGAAGCGGCUCGAAAAAUUAAAGUCAGUUGAACAGAAGAAGAGAGAAGCCGACGCGAAAAAGGCGGCCAAGGAUCGAGAGCUGGAAAAGAAGCUGGCAGAAAAGGAACGUUUGAAGGACUUGGCCCGCGAAAAGCGUGCUAGAGAAAAAAGGGAAGGAAAAACGUACGAUUUCACCGAGCCUGAGUUUGUGAGUAAUGCUUACGUUACGCUAGAAGAAACGCUCAAGCGAUAUCGCAGUGAUUGGGCUUUCGUAAAUGAGAUGGAUAACUUCAACGACCUCCCUCUGAUGGAGUGGAUUACGCUAGAAAAGUUUGCCGAAGUGCAUCAGGAGCUCCACUCAGAAGUGCAUGAGUUGUUGAAAACUGAACGAGAACUUCUUCAGAUGGCUCUGUGCAAGGACGAAAAGAAAAAGUACAAACCACCGAAACCUAAAAAACCUCCACGAGUGAAAGGAGCAAAAGGCAAGAAACGCAAGGGGUUGGUCGAUCCUACGAGCGAACGUUCCGUCGAAUCGAUUAUCGAGGAGCUUGUGGAGCGGAAUAUUCUAAAGGCCUUCCGGGAGCGAACUUUCGAUGAUUUUAUCGGAGACUUUAACUUCGCUGCUUUCGAGCGACGUAAUCGAUUGCAACAAGAUCCUCCACCUGCAAUGGGGGAAAUUAGAACCAUCUUGCGAUCUUACCUCCACGGAAUGGGUCCACUCGUGGUGCCGAAACCAAAAUCGAUCUGCCUACUUGCGCCUACAGGAUAUGGGAAAACGCUGCUACUGGAAGCGAUCUGUUCGGAAACGAGCUCGGUACUGUUUGAUCUCAGCGUGGAAUCCUGUGCUCCGAUUGAGCUCAGUGAAUUUCCAUACUUUAUGCAGCUCAUUCUGCGGGCAGCACGAAUGCUGCAGCCAACCGUUCUCGCGAUCGAGAACGUUCAUCGGACAUUCUACAAAAAAGUUCCACCUUCAGAGCAGCAUCUUGAACCGACCAAAUUAAGCAAGUAUCUUUUUAAACUGAUCGUGAAGCAACUGCAACCUGAAGAUAAAAUACUCCUGGUAGCGACCAGCAAUCAACCAUGGCUGGCAAAGGUGGGACCGUUGAAAAAGUGCUUCGAAAAAUUCAUAAUUCUCCCCCGACCAGACUACGGUUCGACUAACCUCCUAUGGCAGCAUGCAUUGCGCAGAUUUCCAACCGUACCACGGGAUCUCGAUCUUUCUGCUUUGUCCAAAGUCACGAACGGCUAUUCAGCUGGGCAAAUAAUUGACUGCACGAAGCAAGUGCUCCACAUCAGACGUCGCAUGCAAUUCGGUCGUAAGCCGUUAAACGUGCAGGAACUUUUUGAACAAUUUCUAGCUAGCGCUUCUGGCCCGCAGUAUCCGAUCAGCGAUAAAGAGUACGAAAAGUAUAUUAAAUGGCACCGGAAAGUAAACAAACUGGCUAAAAUGCGUGCUAAGAUCGUAAGAGAGCGCGAAUUACUUGCAGAACAGAUGAAAGCUAAGGCGGCAAAGGCGAAAAAAUAGCUUUUCAUUUGGACACUUCCAUCAGUUCCAUACACCAUUCCAUAGCGAGUAGAAAUAAACUAGGAAUACUUUAUUGAUUACGGUAAACAAGAGAUAAAAACGAAACAAAUAAAUGUAGCCUUAACGAAAUGGUGCACACGUACGCUACCCGAGGACUGGCACACAAAAUAUAAUCUAAACGUAGACAAGAAAAUCCUUUCUCUCAGUAAUGGCUUCCGCAAACAGCUUGCCUACUUCUGUGGGAGCACCAAAAGCAAUCUCCUCGUAUUUCAUCGCAUAGCCAAAUAUGUAGUGGCGCCGAAUUGCUGCCAUGAUUUUGCGACCGAUUCCUCGACGACGGUACUUGGGGGCAACCCAAAUACGAGAUAUGCCACACCUU